CACGGGUCCGCCGGAAGUCUGGGGGCGCGCCCUUGGAGGCGCUGGGUCCGCGCUGCUGGCGGUUGGUCGCUCCUGGAGCCAGAUUCAGCCUCCUGGAGGAACCAUGUCUCCUGCAACUUUGGGUGUCACCUGUUGCGCGAGGCGCAUGCAACUGCGCCAGAGAUGAAGUUUGAAUUCUCGUGAAUGUUGGGAGGAGGAAUGCCAGAACUCCAGGCGGAAAAUUAUCCAAGCAUGAGAAAUAUGUAGGCUGGGGAACCUGAAUCACCUCCCCCAGGAUGGACUUCCUAGUUCUCUUCUUGUUCUACCUGGCUUUGGUGCUGAUUGGUAGUGUUAUGAUCUGCAUCUGUUCCAAAACCCAUUACCUGAAAGGCCUGGUCAGCGGAGGUGCACAGAUAUUUUCCUAUAUAAUUCCAGAAUGCCUUCAGAGAGCUGUGCUAGGAUUGCUUCAUUACCUCUUUCAUACAAGAAACCACACCUUCAUUAUCCUGCACCUCAUCUUGCAAGGGAUGGUUUAUACUGAAUACACCUGGGAAAUAUUUGGCUAUUGUCAAGAGCUGGAGUUCUCCUCGUAUUACCUUUUUCUGCCCUAUGUGCUGCUGAUUAUAAACCUUUUUUUUUUCACCCUAAGCUGUGUAACUGAUCCUGGCACCAUAACAAAAGCCAACGAAUUAUUGUUUCUUCAAGUUUAUGAAUUCGAUGAAGUGAUGUUCCCAAAGAACGUGAGGUGCCCCACUUGUGAUUUAAGGAAACCAGCGCGAUCCAAGCACUGUGGUGUGUGUAACCGGUGUGUGCACCGUUUUGACCAUCACUGUGUUUGGGUGAACAACUGCAUCGGGGCCUGGAACGCCAGGUACUUCCUCAUCUACCUCUUGACGUUGACGGCCUCAGCUGCCACCAUGGCCAUUGUGAGCAUUGUGUUUCUGGUUCGGUUGGUGCUGUUGUCAGACUUGUACCUGGAGACUUACGUGGAUGACCUUGGACACUUCCAGGUUAUUGACACCGUCUUCCUUAUUCAGUACCUGUUCCUGACCUUCCCAAGGAUUGUCUUCCUGGUGGGCUUUGUGCUGGUGCUGAGCUUCCUCCUGGGCGGCUACCUGUGCUUUGCUGUAUACCUGGCUGCCACCAACCAGACCACUAACGAGUGGUACAGAGGUGACCGGGCCUGGUGCCAGCAUUGCCCCCAUGUGGCCCGGCUCCCAUCAGCAGAGCCUCAGGUCUACCGGAACAUUCACUCCCACGGGCUUUGGAGCAACCUUAGAGAGAUCUUUCUACCUGCUGCUGUACAUUAUGAGAAAAAGAAGAAAUAAGAAUGGGAAGAGGGUUACUGCCUUUUAAAUAUAGUAUAUGUUUAUUUAUACAUAUGGAUACUUUCUAA